GGGUAAAUAGGGGGCGGCGUGAAGUUGGUGCAGCCUCGCUGCUCUUAGUCGCGCUCUGCCGCUGCCGCCGCCGCCGCCGCCUAACUCGCUCCUCCGCUUCCCCCCCUCCCGUGCCUUACGAUGUCAUCUCAGUCGUGGUUCUCGGAGGUUCCCCUGGCGCCGCCCGUGGCCGUGUUCCAACUCACGGCCGACUUCAAAGCCGACCCCGACCCCAAGAAAGUCAACCUCGGCGUGGGAGCGUACCGCACGGACGAGGGGCAGCCCUGGGUGCUGCCCGUGGUGGCGCGCGUGGAGCAGCAGAUGGGGGCUGGCGUCCUGGACCACGAGUACCUGCCUGUGGUGGGGAGCCCCUUGUUCACGCGCGCCGCCACUGCCAUCACCCUCGGCCACGACAGCAUCGCCAUCGCUGAGGGCAGGGCCGGUGGGGUGCAGGCUCUGGGAGGCACGGGCGCUCUCCAUGUGGGAGCUGAGUUCCUAAAGCGAUGGCACACACCCAAUGUGCCCGUCUACGUCUCCUCACCCACGUGGGAGAACCACAACGCCGUGUUCCGGAAUGCCGGCUUCACCGACAUCCGCUCGUAUCGCUACUGGGAUGCCGAAAAGCGUGGACUUGCCAUUGACGCGCUCAUCGCUGACUUCGAGGCAGCUCCUCCGCACUCCGUGAUGCUUCUCCACGCCUGUGCGCACAACCCAACCGGUACGGACCCCACACCGGCCGAGUGGGACCGCAUCUUUACCGUCAUCAAGGAGAAGCAGCUCUUCCCAUUUUUCGACUCGGCGUACCAGGGCUUUGCUUCGGGAGACCUGGAUCGUGACGCGGCCGCUGUGCGUCUCUUCGUGAGCCGCGGCAUGGAGCUCCUCUGUGCUCAGUCCUUCAGCAAGAACUUCGGCCUCUACAACGAGCGUGUAGGAAACCUGGUGGUGGUUGCACGUGACCCCAUGCGCCUCCAGGCCAUCAUCUCCCAGAUGGUGAUGGUGGUGCGGCCCAUGUGGUCCAACCCUCCUCACCAUGGGGGAACCAUCGUAGCCACGACGCUCAACAACCCCGCGCUAUUUGCCGAGUGGAAGGACAACGUCCGCAUGAUGGCGGAGCGCGUGCUGCUGAUGCGUGAGAAGUUGCGGGAGAAACUCAAGAGCCUGGGAACACCCGGAAACUGGGACCACAUCACGCGCCAGAUCGGCAUGUUCAGCUACACCGGCCUCAACCCUGCCCAGGUGGAGUUCCUCAUUAAACAGAAACACGUGUACCUCAUGAAGUCGGGGCGCAUCAACAUGUGCGGCCUCAACUCGCACAACCUCGAUUACGUGGCCGAGGCCAUCCACGCCGCCGUCACAACGGUGGCCUGAGAGCCGCACGGCACCGCAUUGCAUGACACCACACGGCACGACACCACACGGCAUGAGACCGAAGCACCAGGAUCUCGCCCCCCGUGAAAGGUCCACCAAUCACACCGCUUCAUGCUUCACGUUUGCAACGUACCACAAUGUGCACACCACACCACAUUAAAGAACCAAGUCCACACCGUUUCAUGUUUGUAACAUACCAAACAGCGUAUAAAACUAAGUACAGCUGACCACGAUAUGCGCUUACGCACCCGCAUCACACCGCGCACACACUCACACGCCACACAUCACAUAUUCAGAGCAUAGAUAUGCCCAUCACUCGUGUAUAAUUUCUAAACCAAAAUAAUAAUAAAAACACAGACGCACGUAGGCUCUCGCAUGCACACAAUGUUCUGGUUACAGACCAAGCCCACAAUGCGGGUGAUUUUGGGUCACGCAGGACACACAAAUGAAUAAUGCACUUAAUUUUACCUUUUUGUGCGGUGAUUUCGUCCAAUCUCAGUUCAACUAAAAUGAGACUUUAGAUGUGGUGGGGACAAUAGCUCUGUCUAGUCUUACCACAUUGCAUGCUUCAUUAGUGCAAUAUAUAUUGUAUUUACAUGGCGCUGUGCUGUAAAAAAUAUCCACGAUCCAAAAACAUUUGAUACAAGAGUUGAAUUGCAGGUCCGGCUGGCACGGGGUCGUGCAUAUUUAUUGUCGAUAGCGACGUCUUAACUUGGACCAGUGUUGUCAAAUCCCAGCGAUGCAAUGUGAAAGCAAACCAGUGACAAAUCUGGUGACCUGGGACAAGAAUGUCAUGCAGAUUUCAGAGCAAUUCCAGGUACGUAUUAAGGAUCCUGCAUCUGGGUAGUUCAAUACUUGGUCAAUCAUUGUUUGAAUUUAGGUCAAUUAGUCAAACUGGUGUGGAAGUCAGACUCUUAACUGGUAUAGGAAUUCAAACUUGAGCCAUACUGAGACGCACUGUGGAGUCCACAGGUCUAACCUAUUGACCCAAGACUACCCGGCUCACGACUGUCCACUUCAACACCAUCUCACCCGCAAACCGAUAUGAUCCGCGACAACCAAAUUCAAUAGCAUAUUUGGGCGAUUCUGUCAUUCUCGCAGUGGUAAUGUACUAACUUCCAUUAAAUCUAAAAGGCCUGAAAUACGAACUCUGGAAAAUGUUUAACCACACGUGACACGUAUACUUUACUGAUUAUAUUAUAUCAUCGCUGUAAUGUAAGUUGUCUAAAUAUUUAUUGGACUAAAGUUAAAGUGAAAACGUACAUUUCAAGUUGUUCGAAACAGUGAUGCCCAGUUUCUAGAAAGUUCUAUGAAGACGGAGUACGCAAAAUUAGAAGAUAAGAACAUGUUACGUCGGUCACUCGCAAAUAAAGUGGUCAAUUAACGUGAUCUGACCAGUACCCAAACCCAUAAGCUAUAAAAAACGACCUCACCCACAGGUAACCUGUGGGGACAACCCAAUGUUACACUGUAGUUGAGGCCUUAUUCCAAACUCACUUUGGAGUUCUCUCAAAAUAUAUUUGUCUAGAGUCAUACUAAAACUGCUCUUGUGUGGAGUUUGGAGGCAUUUUAUGCCUGUCAAGUUUGGGGUUUUUUCGGAGAGUGGAUUUUUUUGUUACAAGUGCAGUGACAUGGAAUGGGUCCUUAUGGAGCAUGGCGCUGAUUGUUGGCAGAGGAUCUGCGGUUGCAGCAGCCCUGUCUGUCAGCAGGUCACACGAUAAGCUGAGAGAGGGAUGUAGGGCAAAGGUGAUAGAGGGGGCACGUGAGGUAAGCCCGGGAAUACACUAGUAGGUUCUAGAAGAGGGGCGUGGCUGUGGACAGAGCAAGGUUAUGCCAGGAGGAUAAAAGGGGACCCCGAGCAAUGGUUCGGGGCUGUUGCUUGGUGUGGAAUCUCGUCGGGCUGCUGGAGUCUUCGUCGCCGUCUUCACCUCAGCGUUGUCAGUCAGGCAGUCUGUUCGCUGUCCUGACUGAAGUGUGGUUACCUCUUGUAAUAAAUAGCGUGCCUCCUAUUCCUAGUAUCACUACACAAGCACUGAUGACCGCGAUCGUCAGUUGGUGGCCUGUGCUGCUGGUGGUGGAUUAGGAGGCAAUAAAUGUUCUUCGAAAAUCACUUGAUAAAGAUUAAAGCGCUUGA